AUGAAGCAAAACCACCUAGCAAGAGACCAUAUCAUUAUGGGCCUUUACAAAAAGGAUGAAAUUGAAAAAGCAGUACAUGAAGUACUCCAAGCUGGGUUCAUUAGAAAUAGUCAUAGUUCAUUGUCUUCACCAAUUUUAUUGGUGAAGAAAAAAAAGAAGGAACAUGGCACAAAAAUGUGCCUUUGGACAGAGACAAUUGAAUACCUUGGGCAUGUAGUAUUUGGUAAAGGAGUAUCUACAAAUCCCUCAAAAUUGAAGGCAAUAUUGGAGUGGCUAGUACCCACCAAUGUUAAUGAGUUAAAGGGAUUUUUGGGACUUACUACCUAUUAUAGGAAGUUUGUACCCAACUAUGGAAAAAUUUGUCAACAACUGUAUGGCCUUACUAAGAAAGAAGAUUUUGUAUGUUCUUCAUCUGCCACUCAAGUCUUUGAAAAGUUGAAACAAGUUAUGGCUUCACCACAUGUGAUGCAUCCGGAUUAG